ACAGUUCAACUUAUAGAACAUAUUUAUAAACUCAAAUUUCAAUAUUACAACUUGGCCUAUCUUUUUCUGUACCUUCGUCCUAUCAAUGUGGUGAGCCAAUCCUUCUGUUAUCUGUAUAUAACUAUAUAUGUUCACAGCUCAGGUUUAAUAGAAGAUCACACUAUUGGGACACUUGAAGUUGAUUUUGCAAAUAAAUAUCUAGGAGGUGGUGCUCUAAAUAAAGGUUGUGUGCAGGAAGAAAUUCGCUUCAUGAUCAAUCCCGAACUGAUUGUUGGCAUGCUGUUCUUGCCUUCGAUGGCAGACAAUAAAUCUAUAGAAAUUGUCGGAGCAGAGAGGUUCUCUGACUAUACAGGGUAUAAACUGUAUGCCUCUUCAUUUCGGUUUACUGGUGACUAUGUGGAGAAAAGGAAUGUUGGUUCCCUUGGAAGACGUAAAACCAGAAUUGUUGCCAUAGAUGCUUUGUGCAGUCCAAGAAUGAAGCAGUACAAACUUAAUUACCUUCUUCGGUAUGUAAAUUUUUGGUUUUGAUUCACAUUAUGUUAUACCAGGUUUGUAGAAAAAUGAAUAGUAAAAUAGAUGACAGCCGGUAGGACAGAAAAUUACUAUUAA